CAGGCUUUACCUCCAAUCUGAAGAGCCACCAUGCGGCUAUCUGUUUUGACUGGGGCAGGUAAACGAGACAGCGUCACAAGGUUUGCCGUUUGUACUUUAAGUGAUUGACCACCUGGAGGUGAUAACGGAAGCUGAGUUACUAAUAGAAGAUGUGUUGCGUUUUUAAAAAUAGAUGUAAAAACUCUUAUAAUUAGGAGCUUCUGAUUUGUACCCUGAAUGUUUUCAAAGCAAUUUUGACCAAAAUAGUUAUAACCAUUGAAUAACACUGUGUAACACAUUUUUUUUUUUUUUUUGUUCCUGGGUAGUAAGUGUUAUUUCCUAAUUGCUUAUGCCUCAAAAGUAUAGAAAAUGGCUAUUAUUCCCCACAAACUUUGCUUUUGUGACCAGGACAGUGAUAUUUUGAAAUUUCCUAUUUUCCAGAACAUUCCAGAUAGAUUCAGUGCUGAGUAAACUUGGAGUAACUUCUAGAACUUUCCAGUAAUAUAAAUAGUAGUAUAAAUACAGGGGCCUUAAGCCCACCAGUUCAGUUUAGUUCCAGCUGCCUAAGUGGAUACAUAUCUGCAUUUUUCUGAGAUGGCAUCAAGAGGUUGCAAGCAUCCGGCAGACGCAUUUUGCUAUGUCUGCGGCCAAUUUAUCAAGACAAGAGCGAAAAAGUACUCCGUGGAAGCAUCUGCUAAGAUGUGUGAGGCCUUCAAGGCAUAUUUCGGCAUGCCUGUCGGGGAUCAAGACAAACCCUGGGCACCUCAUUUCACCUGCGAGCACUGCAAAAAAACUCUGGAAGGAUGGUACAGAGGGGAAAAGAGAGCCAUGAAGUUCGCUAUCCCAAGACUUUGGCGGGAACCCACUGACCACUCAAGCAACUGCUACUUCUGCAUGGUGGACCCUUCCAAACGUUGGACUGGCAAGAAUGUACCUGCUAUCACGUAUCCGGACCUUCCUUCAUCCAUCGCCCCGGUGCCACACUGCCAUGAGCUCCCCGUACCCACUCCUCCGGAGAGAGAGCAGCCGUCUUUAGAAGAGAGCAGCAAGUCAGAGAUCGAGAAAGACGUUGUAGAUCCAGAUGACAAUUUCAGAGGUGGAGCGGAGGAGAGAAACCCAUACUACCCCAACCAAAAAGACCUCAACGACUUGAUUAGAGAUCUUGGUCUCACCAAGUCCAAUGCCAAGCUUUUGACGUCUAGGCUCAAGCAGUGGAACUUGUUGGAUGAAAGUGUGCAAGUCGCAGAUCAGAGGAAGCGUCACCAACCUUUUUCCAGCUUCUUCAUCCGUCAAGAUGGGCUCUGCUUCUGCCACAAUGUGACCAGUCUGUUCGAGGCAAUCGGAAUCGCCUGUAACCAGAAAUCUCGAAAAACUACUCACUUCUAAAUCUUUUGUAGUCAUUUUUGUAUUACUUUAGUAUAAAUACAUGUUAAUUUGGAUUCAUAUGUUGUUUUUUUCUGACUUUAUGUGAACGAAAAGACACAAAUUUGCCCGUUUUCUCAUUGGAAAUAGGUACAUUUCAAAAUAUCACUGUCCUGGUCACAAAAGCAAAGUUUGUGGGGAAUAAUAGCCAUUUUCUAAGCAAUUAGGAAAUAACACUUACUAACACUUACUACCCAGGAACAAAAAUUGUGUUACAUAGUGUAAUGUAUUUAUAAUGUAGUCAUUCUAAAUGUUCUGAAUCCAUGUGGUCACUGUCCUCUCCAUGUUGCCUGUAUGUAGUCAUUCUAAAUGUUCUGAAUCCAUGUGGUCACUGUCCUCUCCAUGUUGCCUGUAUGUAGUCAUUCUAAAUGUUCUGAAUCCAUGUGGUCACUGUCCUCUCCAUGUUGCCUGUAUGUAGUCAUUCUAAAUGUUCUGAAUCCAUGUGGUCACUGCUCUCUCCAUGUUGCCUCUACCCCUGUCCCCUAGCUGCCAGCCUAGGCCAUUCUAAAUGUUGGUUACUUGUAACCCACCCCAUCAUUGUAGCCCUACCAAAGUAGAUUUCUUAGAGUAUAUAAACAUUUUCAUACCAGCAAACCUGUUCCCCACUUCAUAACCCCAAGUUGUGUAAGAUCAACAUGACUGCUGAAUGAUCUGUUUAAGUUAGUAAGAAACGAGUCGGAUAGCAGUAGAAUCUCUGUAACACCACUGUUGAGAUUUUAUGAAACAUUAUCAUAAUUUUACUUCAUUUAGAAAAAAGUGGAGCAAAUAUUGCACUGGAGCAAAAAGUGUAGGUAAUCCAGACAUAGGACUGUAUAACCACAGAUAAGUUGAUUGGUCCAUUUACAUGUGUUUAGAAAGUGGGGGAAAAAAUUGUAGUUAAGUAUUUGUUGAAUAAAUAUGACUAUACUGUCAUCUUGCAAUUUUAUAGCUGCUAAUGUGGUGAUUACCUUGAGUAAAGGGGGUAGAACUUUAAUUCUCUCUCUCUCACUCACUCACUCUCACUCUCACUCUCUCUCUCUCUCUCUCUCUCUCUCUCUCUCUCUCUCUCUCUCUCUCUCUCUC